AGCAGGGUGGCCGAGCGCCGCACGCGUAGCACGCCGGGACUAGCUCUCGAGCCUCCCAGCAACCUCUGCGACGGGCGCGGUGCGUAAGUCGCUCGCCCGCGGUGGCCGUUCUCCGUAAGAUGGCGGACCGGCGGCGGCAACGCGCUUCGCAAGACACCGAGGACGAGGAAUCUGGUGCUUCGGGCUCAGAUAGCGGCGGCUCCCCGUUGCGGGGCGGCGGUAGCUGCAGCGGUAGCGCCGGAGGCGGCGGCAGCGGCUCUCUGUCUUCACAGCGCGGAGGCCGAAUCGGGGCCCUUCAUCUGCGGCGGUUGGAAAGCGGGGGCGCCAAGAGCGCUGAGGAAUCGGAGUGUGAGAGUGAAGAUGGCAUUGAAGGUGAUGCUGUUCUCUCGGAUUAUGAAAGUGCAGAAGACUCGGAAGGUGAAGAAGGUGAAUACAGCGAAGAGGAAAACUCCAAAGUGGAGCUGAAGUCAGAAGCUAAUGAUGCUGUUAAUUCUUCAACAAAAGAAGAGAAGGGAGAAGAAAAGCCGGACACCAAAGGCACUGUGACUGGAGAGAGGCAAAGUGGGGACGGACAGGAGAGCACAGAGCCUGUGGAGAACAAAGUGGGUAAAAAGGGCCCUAAGCAGUUGGAUGAUGAUGAAGAUCGGAAGAAUCCAGCGUACAUACCUCGGAAAGGGCUAUUCUUUGAGCAUGAUCUUCGAGGGCAAACUCAGGAGGAGGAAGUCAGACCCAAGGGGCGUCAGAGAAAGCUAUGGAAGGAUGAGGGUCGCUGGGAGCAUGACAAGUUCCGGGAAGAUGAGCAGGCCCCAAAGUCUCGACAGGAGCUCAUUGCUCUUUAUGGUUAUGACAUUCGCUCAGCUCACAAUCCUGAUGACAUCAAACCCCGAAGAAUCCGGAAACCCCGAUAUGGGAGUCCUCCACAAAGAGAUCCAAACUGGAAUGGUGAGAGGCUAAACAAGUCUCAUCGCCACCAGAGUCUUGGGGGUACCCUACCACCAAGGACAUUUAUUAACAGGAAUGCUGCAGGUACUGGCCGCAUGUCUACACCCAGGAACUAUUCUCGAUCUGGGGGCUUCAAGGAAGGUCGUCCUGGUUUUAGGCCUGUGGAAGCUGGUGGGCAGCAUGGUGGCUGGUCUGGUGAGACUAAGCAUGAUACUAGUUACCGGUCACGGCGUCUAGAGCAGACUCCUGUGAGGGAUCCAUCUCCAGAAGCAGAUGCUCCAGUGCCUGGCAGUCCUGAGAAGGAAGAGGCAGCUGCUUCAGAGACAUCAGCUGCUGCUCCUGAUACCGCACCACCAGCCCCGGACAGGCCCAUUGAGAAGAAAUCCUAUUCUCGGGCAAGAAGAACCCGAACGAAGGUUGGAGAUGCAGUCAAGCUUGCAGAGGAGGUGCCCCCUCCUCCUGAGGGGCUGAUUCCAGCACCUCCAGUCCCAGAAACCACAGCAACUCCACCUACUAAGACUGGGAACUGGGAGGCUCCAGUGGAUUCCACUACAAGUGGACUUGAGCAAGAUGUGGCACAACUAAAUAUAGCAGAACAGAAUUGGAGUCCCGGGCAGCCUUCUUUCCUGCAGCCACGGGAACUUCGAGGUAUGGCCAACCAUAUACACAUGGGAGCAGGACCUCCACCUCAGUUUAACCGGAUGGAAGAAAUGGGUGUCCAGGGUGGUCGAGCCAAACGCUAUUCAUCCCAGCGGCAAAGACCUGUGCCAGAGCCCCCUGCGCCUCCAGUGCAUAUCAGUAUUGUGGAGGGACAUUACUAUGAUCCACUGCAGUUCCAGGGACCAAUCUAUACCCAUGGUGACAGCCCUGCCCCGCUGCCUCCACAGGGCAUGCUUGUGCAGCCAGAAAUGCACCUUCCCCACCCAGGUUUACAUCCCCACCAGACACCAGCGCCUCUGCCCAAUCCGGGCCUCUAUCCCCCACCAGUGUCCAUGUCUCCUGGACAGCCACCACCUCAGCAGUUGCUUGCUCCUACUUACUUUUCUGCUCCAGGCGUUAUGAACUUUGGUAAUCCCAGUUACCCUUAUGCUCCAGGGGCACUGCCACCCCCACCACCGCCUCAUCUAUAUCCUAACACGCAGGCCCCAUCACAGGUAUAUGGAGGAGUGACCUACUAUAACCCCGCCCAGCAGCAGGUGCAACCAAAGCCCUCCCCACCCCGGAGGACUCCCCAGCCAGUCACCAUCAAGCCCCCUCCACCUGAGGUUGUAAGCAGGGGUUCCAGUUAAUCUGAGUUUGUGAAUAUUUUAAAUCUUAACAUCAUAUAAAAGACAGCAGAGGUGAGAACUCAGAAGAGAAGAGAAAUACAGCUGGCUAUCUACUACCAGAAGGGCUUCAAAGAUACAGGGUGUGGCUCCUACCAGCAAACAGCUGAAACAGGAGGACUCCUGCCUUCCUCUGAGGACAGGCUCUGGAGAGAGGGAGAAACAAGUGGACCUCAUCCCAUCUUCACUCUUCACUUGAGUUGGCUGUGUUCGGGGAAGCAGAGAGCCAGACAGCCCAAGCUUCUGAGUCUAGAUCCAGAAGCCCACGUCCUCUGCUGUUCUUCACUUUCUUCUGGGAAAUUGAAGUGUCUUCUGUUCCCAAGAAAGCUCCUUCCUAUUUGUUUUGUUUUCUAGGAUGUUCAUUUUUAAAGCCUACCUUCCUAUUCCUAAUAUUAUUUUAG